AAGUGUGAACAAUGCAAUCGCACCAGUCGUGAGCUUUGGAUCAUGCAAACCAUACUUCUCAAUCAGCUAGGCCUGAUGUACUCGGGCAAUCGACGGGACCUUGAGCUGGCAGAGCUGGUCCAGGCCGUCCCGGUUACUCUUGCACGACGCAAGAGACUCCUUUCAAAUACUCUCCCUCGUACACGAAUAUCCGCGUUGCAGCUCCCGCUUGGUCAAGAACGGCAGCUCUCAAUACAUGACGAGGAACGUCGACGGGCAGGGUUCGCCAUUUGGCUGAUUGAUUUCGGGUGGAAAUAUAGCUUUGGGCUUAACCAUGUAAUGACGGCGGACGAGCUGCAGAAUUGCCUUCCGCAAUCGGACGAUUGCUGGGGUGCACCAGGCGCUCAGCAGUGGGCUCAAAUCAUGGAAGCCAGGAACUUUUCCACGGUACCGUCCUUACCUCGAACCAUUGCGAAUCAAAACUGGAUAUGGGCAUGGUCACAGACUGGAACGCUGGGAAAGCAGACUAUCCUGCACUAUCUGACAAGCAUGGUCAUGAACGACGACGCAGAUAGCUCCUCUCAGGGUUGUUGGUCGGAACAGAGACUCGCAGCGGCGGCAACAUUCAAGAGCCUCCUUGGAGAAGAACUUGGCGAGGGCCACACAAAGGCAGCUGUGCUCCACCGCGUGCUGAUUUACUCGGGCCUGAUGAUCCAUUACAGUCCAACCCUGCGAGUAAAAUCUGUUUGUCUAAGGGUCAUAUACCGGAGAAUGGACGCCGCGUCGUGGGAUCUUCUAUCGAGUGAAUGGGCCAAAUCACCAUUUCAAGGGCGUCUGGCGGUGUUGUAUGGGAGAAACCGGAAGGGUUCCAUCCUGAUGUUGGGGGCCUGCUGGCUCUCAGGACUCUACAUGGAUUUGGGUUAG